UGUAUGUUUCAUGCAACCAUUGAUUUCUAUCCAUUUCCAUAUGGUGUCAGAAUCAAUUAGACACUUGAAACUUGCUUGAGUUUCUUAGUUCAUUGCAAUUAAUAUUGAAUCUACAAAAAGAAAAUGCAUCAGAGUUACCUAAUAUUCCAUUGAAUUAGGGAACAAUGAAUGGAAACCAAUGGCUGCCCAGAACAGUAGCAAAAAUACAGCCAAAAAUCUAAAGCAGCAUGGUUUGCAAAAUGGUUAGCUGUGAUGUAAAGUAUAGGUACGUUUAGUAAAUGGGCUAAAACAUGCAAAACACUGGUAUGGUAUGGAUCUAACAAACAUGUCCAAUCCCUUAACUUUGAAAUUAAUCAGAGUUUAAAAAGUUCAGUCCUUUGUAUUCAUGUUACCAAUCCUUUGUCACAGUAAGUGUGGAGUUGAGUACUGCCAAUCCUCAUAUCACUGAGAGUAGACCAAAGUUGGAUAAAGGAGUGCGCACACACUCACACAGAGAGAUACAGGCUGAGGUUAAGAAAACAUAGGCAAGCAUCAGUAUUUUCCAGGGAGUCUCCAUUAUUUCUGGCUUGGGGUCUCUAAUGGGAUUUCAUUGUAAUUGCUAUGAUGUCAGAGUGUCCGUCCGCCCUAAUGGCCUUCUAAAAACAACAACAAGUACAGAUUGGUUCCAUUCACUGGUUGUUGCAGAGAGACACCAGAGUCCACAAGCUCAAAUCUCUGCUGGAUCUUCAGCUGAAAAGCAUGCAUCUUCAUCCCCUGUCCCUCGUUUUCCUCCUCCUCUUGGUUGUCGGGGCAUCCGAGGUGUGCGUUGCCGUGACAACCGCACUGCAUGGUUUCCGAGGCUGCGCGGUGCGAGAGUUCUCUUUUGUGGCCCAGAAGCCUGGCUGCAAGGGACUGCACAUCACCACAGAGGCCUGCUGGGGGCGUUGUCAAACCUGGGAGAAACCUGUGCCAGAUCCCCCCUACAUCCAGCGACACCACCGCGUGUGUACGUACAGUCGUACCCGCCACAUGACCGCCCGCCUGCCGGGCUGCCAGCCCAACGUCUCCCCUCUCUACCACUACCCCAUGGCUCUGCACUGCCACUGUGCCGUCUGCUCCACACAGGACACAGAGUGUGAGACCUUCUAAUGGGCAGGACACGCUUUCAGCAAACAAUAACAAUAACAGUAUUACUGACAUGAAUGACUCUGAAUAAAAUGAUGAAAUUAA